UUCCACAUUUCGGCCAUUUUGAUAUAUAGGGAGUGAACAGUUAGAAAUAAUCUGUUUAAUAUUUUUGUGUUGUUUAUAAUUUUAAAACUGGACAAAACUGCUUAAAUUAAUAUAUUGUGAAACAUAUGGCUUGUUUAAACACGCUUAAACAAGAAAUUAGGACUUUAGAAUCUAUUUUUCCAAAACAUCAUGAACGAUUUCAGAUAUUAUCCGCCAGUGUGGACGAGUUAAGUUGUAGAUUUAUCGCCAAAAAUGGAAAGAGAUACGAAAUUCACGCAAAUAUUACGGAAACCUACCCUGCAGUUCCUCCAGUGUGGUUUGCAGACUCCGAAGAAACUAGUAUUACAAACGCCGUUCAGGUCUUGAGUAACACAGAAGGACUAGAUAAUCAUGUUAUAGUUCAAGUUUCAAUAUUACUGCGAGAAUUGUGUCGACUCCAUGCCGUCCCCGAACCUCCCGAUUUAGAUAGAUUAAAAAUUCCUCAUCCACAAGUACGAACAACAAGCAGUGAUAGCUUCAGUAAUGGCAGUGAUCACAUGGAAGACGAAGGAUUGGAUAGUGACGCCGAAGCUGACAUGAUAGACAGUGACGCAGAAGCAGGUGAUAGUGAUGCAGAUGAAGACCUGGCUAUGGAAAUGGAAGAUGGGCGCAAUAAAGCAGACGAAAUGUGCGUUGAACAUUUAGCAACCUUAGAACGACUAAGACAAAAUCAACGACAGGAUUAUUUAAAGGGCUCUGUAUCCGGCUCUGUCCAGGCAACAGAUAGACUUAUGAAGGAACUUAGAGAUAUAUACAGAUCUGAUUCGUUUAAAAAUAAGAUGUACCAGAUCGAAUUAGUAAAUGACUCCAUAUAUGAGUGGAACGUCAGGUUAAUGGCGGUGGAUCCCGACAGCCCGCUUAGCCACGAUUUAGCGUUGCUCAAAGAGAAGGAAGGAAAAGAUGCCAUAUUGUUAAAUAUGCUUUUUAAAGACACUUAUCCAUUUGAACCUCCCUUUGUUAGAGUAGUACAUCCAAUUAUAUCAGGUGGUUACGUCUUGGUCGGGGGCGCCAUCUGUAUGGAACUAUUAACGAAACAAGGAUGGUCAAGUGCUUAUACCGUUGAGGCAGUGAUUAUGCAAAUAUCAGCCACUCUUGUUAAAGGAAAGGCACGUAUCCAAUUUGGAGCGACAAAAGUAUGUUCACAAGGCCAGUAUAGUUUGGCUCGAGCGCAACAAAGCUUCAAAUCUCUUGUACAAAUUCAUGAAAAAAAUGGUUGGUUCACACCUCCCAAGGAAGAUGGUUAGAGAUCACAAGACUGUGUCAACUAAUAGUCCCAAGUCUCCUUGUAAUAAAGUAAAAAAAACAUCUUAAUGAUGUUUGUCCCCCGUUUCUCCCAUAUUUUCUCUUGUAAUUUCAAAAUUUACACUUUGUGUAUUAGUGCCUGAUAUAAAAAUGUACUCUUAUUUCUCUUUUUCAAUCAAAAUUGACUGAGAUCCGUUCGAUGGUUUUAUUAUAACAUAAGUUGGUUAGAUAAACUUACAAGACAAAACGAUGUGUAGCUCGCCACAAAAUGGUCCAUA